AUGAAUACGCUUAUUAUGUCUGAGGACCGCUUCCUUGGCGAUUCUCCGACAAGGUUAACCAAGAAUGAAUGCUUCUGCUACUUUUUAUUGCUUUCUAAGUAUCUUGGCGAACUGAUCCACCGUAUGGCAAACGACAUGGUCAUAUUUGAAAGUGUGCGUUUCCGUGCUUUAUUGAACUAUCAAGCUUAUAGCACUUUUCACUUUCCUGCAAGAACGAAGCUUAUAAACCUAACGUCAGUCUAA